AUGGUCCUGGUCAUGAAACUUCUGUUCCUCACCUGCCUAUGGCCAACAGCAGUGCUCCACAGUUCUCACAGUCAGCAUCACCGUCUUCAUCGUCGGCAGCAAAUGUCAUUCUCAAGAAAACAUAACAGCAAACGAGAAAUUAAAAUGAGGAAACUUGACAGCACAAAGGUUCGACCACUCAAAUCUGAGCAGCUUCUUCACAUAGAGGACCAUGACUUUGCACUGAGACCUGGAUUUGGAGGGUCACCAAUACCUGUGGGCAUUGAUGUGCAGGUGGAGAGCAUUGACAGCAUAUCUGAGGUUGACAUGGACUUCACAAUGACUUUAUACCUCAGACACUACUGGAAGGAUGAGAGACUCUCAUUCCGUAGCAACAAAAACAAAAGCAUGACUUUUGAUGGACGGCUGAUAAAAAAGAUCUGGGUGCCUGAUGUGUUUUUUGUGCACUCCAAAAGAUCUUUCAUCCACGAUACAACUGUGGAAAACAUCAUGCUCCGAGUGUACCCCGAUGGCAACGUCCUCUUCAGUCUGAGAAUAACAGUUUCUGCUAUGUGCUUCAUGGAUUUCAGUAGGUUUCCUCUGGACACACAGAACUGUUCUUUAGAACUGGAAAGCUAUGCAUACAAUGAAGAUGAUCUGAUGUUGUACUGGAAACAUGGCAACAAAUCCUUGAGCACAGAUGAGCACAUCUCCCUCUCCCAGUUCUUCAUUGAGGAAUUCAGUGCUUCCAGUGGACUUGCUUUUUACAGCAGUACUGGUUGGUACAACCGACUUUUUAUCAACUUCGCACUCCGCAGACAUAUUUUCUUUUUUGUGCUACAAUCCUAUUUCCCAGCCAUGCUGAUGGUGAUGCUGUCUUGGGUUUCCUUUUGGAUUGACAGAAGAGCUGUUCCUGCCAGGGUGUCAUUAGGUAUAACUACAGUGCUGACAAUGUCCACCAUCAUGACAGGAGUAAGUGCCUCAAUGCCUCAAGUGUCUUACAUAAAGGCUGUGGAUGUGUAUUUAUGGAUCAGCUUCCUUUUUGUCUUCCUGUCAGUCAUCGAGUAUGCAGCAGUGAACUAUCUCACCACAAUUGAAGAGAGAAAACAACUCAAAAAAAGGGGCAAGGCUUCAGGAAUGUACAGCAUGGACGCAGUGCAAGCCAUGGCUUUCGACGGCUGCUACCAUGACACAGAUGAGGAAAUGGACCUGAGUCCCUUCCCAGAGCCCUGUGAGGAGAAUGAGACCAGGGCAAGUCAAACCAACAUCUCCAAUGCUGACACACCUCGCUUGAAGAGGAAGAGAUCUCUGAAGGGAAAUGUGGGCAGGAUUAUUUUACAGAACAAUCAUGUUAUUGACACAUAUUCCAGGGUUAUAUUUCCCAGCAUAUAUAUUGUGUUCAACUUUUUUUACUGGGGUUUGUACAUAUGAACAAAAAUGCUUAUAAGCUAGACUUUAUUUUGUGUAUGAGGGUUGCAUCAUACUUCAAAAAUAAUGCAACAGCAGUAGAAGAAAAGAUUACAAUUUUACAAAAGAGACUUUUGCAUCAAACCUGGGCUGGUCUGGUUAGCAGCAAAAUUCUUCAUGAAAAACUCUCACAUGUCUGGGUUCUUUUCCAACUGGACUAUGCAGAGCUUCACUGGGGUGAUCCCACGCACAGGUUCCACUGCAGUAGCACAGGAGCUGUGUGCUCACCCCCCUGAACAGACAGCAGCUCCCACCUGAGGUAUUGUCCUGUUUCUGUCUGCACUCCAACCCUUCCUCUCGAAUCAGCCUCUCUGUUCUUGACCCAUGCUCCAUUUUGGUCGGCAGUCGGCACCAACCACUUUGGGAUAGCUCCUGUCCUAGUCUCACUUUCUGCAUUCCAAUUUUCAUGGGCAACCCCUGUGCACCUCAGCAGCCUCUGCCCUCGGAUGGGAACCAGGGGAAAAAUUAUGGCUUAGCAGUGCAGUAGGAACCAGCAGGAGUCCAGGUUGAUGGGGCUUUGUAGACUGUGCAUCAGCAACACUUCAAGGAAACCCUUCACCCUUGUCAGCUCUCCAUGACUCUCCAUGGUUUGAAGAAUCUGGCUCACCAGUCCCUGAGGCAGCACAGGAACAAUAUCCCAGACCCUGUGCACUUGCAGCCACUUCCCAGCUGGAUGAGCAGCAGCUCCAGCACGAGCCAUGUCCUUCACGAGUUCACCUCUGCCUCACCUCGACCUGCUGAAAUCCCCUGCUUCCUGCAGAACUCUUUGGCUUAGAAACACAGGCUUUGAGACAAAGAUUUUAGACAACUUUGUCAAGAGAACAAACCAACCACGCCUUUGGUUCUUCCGCUUUCUGUUGCAUGUGAACUUGGGGUUUUGCCUGCCUCCCUCUCGCUCUGGCUUUUGAGAUUGAAUGUUCCAGUGAGGAGAAGCUGCAUCUGCCCCUUGCAGCAGUGAUCCCCAGCACAGUUCCAGGAAAUAAAAGGAAACGGCUGUGCCAAAACAGAGACACAUACAGGAAACCUGUCCAUCUCAGAUGAAUCCUGCAUGGAAAUAUCCUUAGGUUCAGGCUAAGGAGGCUGAAUUAAGGAUGUUCAAGGAUAAAUACAGAAAAUUUUCACAGCUUCAGAAAAGAAUCAAUUGAUUACUUUUGUAACUUUCAAUUGAUUACUUUUGUAACUUUCCCAAAUAAGGAGCGUUUUCCACUAAAUUCCUUGGGUUUGUCUGCCAUUUAAUGAGCUGAGUUUAUAUUUACAGAGUCAGAUCAAAAUGAAACUUUUGAAGUUCAAAAGGAUCAUUUGGUGACAAAAAGUGUCACAAGGUAAAUACUUGGUCAAGUUUAUUGGUCAAGUAAGUGGAAUAAAUUUGGAAGCCUGAGUCACUCUCUGGUUUCUUUAUUUACUUACCUUUUUUUUUUUUCUUGUUCAAUUUACUUAUUUUCUUGCUCCCAUCUUGUUUGUUCAGAGCAUGGUGACAUCUCUUAACUUUUUCAAAGAGCUGCAUUUGUCAAGCUCCCAGUUCCAGAGCUGGAGAAGUGGUGACACGGUGCCUGCUGAGUGACUGAAAUCUCACUGAGUGAGCGGGACAGAUCGCUGCCAAACAAAUGUAUCAGAGCUGAGACAGCUUUUGAUGCUUUUCCAGGAAAUCCUGUCAUGGAAAGCAGAACCAUACCAGGAAUGACAAUGCUGGGAAUGCAAAGCCAAAGGACACACAGGCAAGAGUAACAGCACACCAGGCGUCAAGCUGAGCAGAUGUAUAGUGUAGCUGUAUAUAAAAAUACACCAUCACAGCCUUGCUCCUGCACUGCCAUUAUGAGGCAUCCUGCACAGAUGUUCCAGAUUGCCUGAGAAGAUCCCAUCUAGUUGCUCCAGAUGUGUACUGUGUCUUCUAAAGUUUUCACAUGAACUAGUAUAACAUCAUUGUUUUCACAUAUUUAUCUGCCCUACAAGAGGAAGUAUUUGUUGUGUAGCCAACAGUGAAGCCUCAGCCUCCAAUGGAGAAAAUACUCAAAAUCAGUUCCCUUUUCUAAAUUCCUUGCAGGAUUUGCAGCAGCAGAAGCCCUGCAGCACAGCAUGUCCAAGCCCUGUGUAGGCUGAAACAAACUGGUCCUCACGUGGAGGUGUGGAGGAAAAGAUUCCUGCCUGCAUUUACCUUCCAGGCACAUCUGUACAGGUGCCAGAGAGCUGCAGAGCCUGCUUUUGGUGGAGAAAGCUGUUGUUACUUUCAGCUGUGAAUGAAACCAUUGGCCAGGGGUUCUCCCCACCCAGAGUACAGCAGAUCUUCCAGUUCUACCCUCCUGCCCUGGGCAGGGAUGCCUUUCAUUAAACCAGGAUGCUCAGACCUGACCCUGAACACUUCCAGGGAUGGGAUAUUCACACCUUCUCUGGGCAACCUAUGCCAGGGCCUCACCAACUCACAGUAAAGAAUUUUUUUUCUAAUAUCCAAUCUAAUCCUCCCUUCUUUCAGUUUGAAGCCAUUCCCCCUUGUCCUAUCACUACAUGGUCUUGUAAAUUAUGAUGACAUUUAACUUUUACAGCAAAUCUUUUAAUUUUUAUCUGCAUUAAGUGCAGUGACAGGGAUUAUAUCAGGAUAAAUUAUGCAUUAAAAAAUCUAUUGCUUGUAUAAAUAGUAAAAGAUAACAAACAGUAUUUUAACGAAUUAUUUCUUGUCUAGAGGGGGUGCUAGAGGGCCGGCUAAGCUCCCAUGACCCUCUGAAGUGUGUGUUAACUUCCUGACAGGUAUGGUAAUAAAUACUUGCAAUCAAUUUGUCUCUGCAGACCGGCACGGAAGUCUUUAAAAAGGUAUUCACGAGUAUUUCCCAUUCCUGCUGGUUUUGCAGCCAGUCCCAUGCGUGGGGUUUAUAUCCCACAGCAUUUACUGCGAGUUAAAGCACCACAGGCGUGAUGUAAAUACGUACUUGGUGAGUGUUCAUCCUGAUGGCACUCAGGCAGUUAUGCUGAGGGUACUUUGUGGAUUUUUGGAGCUGAAAUAACAGCUUGUCAUGAUUUCUGUGACCAGCUGAGGUGCAGGAUGUGGUCUCGCUAUUUUUAACAUCUGCUGCUACACCCAUCUGUAAUAAGAAAACAUCCUGUGGGAGUUAGCUUAGGUGAUUCAAACUUCUAAGUCCGGACAACUUCAUUCUUAAAGGUUUUAUAAUUCUCCAAACUGUCAGUACAUAAGAAUAAAGCUUUAGUAACGCCUACCUAACCUCUUUUUCUGAUGUCAUUAGCCAAUGCAAACUAAACCAUUAGCAGGCCUCUUUAGUAAAGGUAAUUAAAAAUACUUCUGGAAAUUUUCAUGCGCUCGGUAAGGAUUCUGAAGAUUUCUUUGAGGCAGCUUCAGAGGGACUCUGGAACAGGA